AUGGUACUCAUAGAGCGAGAUGUGCGACGUUUGGGAACUACCAUCAAAAAAAUCAUGGAGUACAUGGUGACGGCCGAAAAGGAACUCAAGUCGAACAGGAGAAAAUUGGAGGCAGCAGAGGUCCCUAAGAAGAGCGUGCAAGCCAUGCAAGAUCAGCUGCAAGUGUUAAAAAUGUUGCCAAACAAAACCGCGGAGGCGGCUCGACUCGACAAGCUCCAGCCCGCGCAGGAGACCGACGACCAACACUUCGAUCGUCUACUUCAAAAGUCGCGUGGUGAUCAGACAGAGUAG